AUGGCGUCCAUUACGUCUGUGCUGGCAGGCCUUCCGUCCAUGGGGUUUGGCAUCGGGCUGUCGCCUCAAGUCGGCAUCGCCCUCGCUCUCACUCUCGUGGGCAGCCUGAGCACGGCUCUUGGCGGUGCUCUUGUGGUGCUGCAAGCCGUACCCGAUAUCAAGCGCCUUGGGCUCCUGCAGGGCUUUGCCAGCGGGCUCAUGCUGAGCCUCACCUUCUUCGAUCUCGUGCCAGAAGCCAUUGACGCCAUCGGCUUUCCUGCUGCCAACCUAUGGUUCUUUGCAGGAGCGCUUCUAUUUGCAACGGUUGUACACUUUGUUCCCGAGCCUUCCCUCGCGCCCGAGCCUUCUGUAGCUCCCGAACCAUCGUCCGAACCUCUAUUGCAAUACUCAUCCGACCCCGCCCUUCACUUCUUACCUCGUUUUCUAUGCCCACCUGUUUCCCUCCUUACCCUCCCCCCUCUCCUCCCUUCAGGGCCUGCGAGUGGAAUCAGCCUAGCGGUGGCCACAGCGCUACACAACAUCCCAGAGGGCCGCGCCGUCGCCCUCCCCAUCUGCUUGAACACAUUCCCCCUUUGCUUCCCCUCACCCCGCUCCUCCUCCUCUCAGGGCCUAAGAGUGGGCAUCAGCCUGGCAGUAGCAAUCGCUUUACACAACAUCCCAGAGGGCCUCGCAGUCGCCCUCCCCAUCUACUUGACACGUUCCCCCUUUGCUUCCCAUCUCCCCUCCUCCUCCUCCUCCUCUCAGGGUCUGCGGGUGGGAAUCAGCCUGGCAGUGGCCAUCGCGCUACACAACAUCCCAGAGGGCCUAGCAGUCGCCCUCCCUAUCUACUUCGGCACGCGCAGCCGCUGGGCCGCCUUCCGAGCCGCGGCUCUUUCGGGGGCUGCAGAGCCCCUGGGGGUCAUCUUCGUGGCUCUCUUCUUCCCGGCCUCGCUCGCCCCGGAUAUUAUUGAAGGGCUGCUUGCUGGCGUGGGUGGCAUCAUGGCGUUCCUAGUGCUGCACGAGAUGCUGCCUCUCGCCUUUGAGUACGCGGGCCAUCGCAGGGCAGUGCAGGCCAUGUUCCUGGGCAUGGCGGUCAUGUCCGCCAACCUGCACCUCCUCGCACUCUCUCUCCCGCCAGACAUUUCGCUGUGA